AUGACUGGUAAGAAAUGCGGAUCACGUGCGGGCGGAGCAGCCUCCGGGCUAGACAGAUGGAAAACGGAUGAAAUGCCCAGUGGUGUCGGGAUUUGGCACGUCAUGGACCGAGCUGCGACCGUUUGCCCCGCAGAUGGCCCGCACGUCGUCUCAUUCGUGGAUGCCAGGUCCGGCCCAGUCGCCACGAUAGAAAUCGCAUCGACAUUUGUCCUCAACAGCGCAAUUCAGACAAAAGAAAACGAUCCCGGGCCCAGCAUGCGUUGCGAUUCGGAUCACCCAGAUUACCACGCCAUCUCAGAUGAGCAGCCAUCUCAUCGGAACAUCGACGACCACCAGCACCGCCAGACCCUUCGCCGUCGAGCUAUAUAA